UAGAUGAAUGCUACGAUGGCACAUACAACUGCACUGGGAACGAGAUGUGCGUGAACGAGCCGGGGACCUACUCUUGCGCAUGCGUACCAGGCACAUUCUUACAGGGCGAUAUCUGCGCGCCAGAGCUCAUCGUGAUACCAGUAGACACGUCCACUGAAACAACAACCGUCAAGUCUGAGAACCAUUUAGCCGACAACAUUAUCGUGUUGGAAAUGACCAUGAGCGUUCCAGAGUUCCUGUUCCCGGCGGAAAACAGCGAGCUUCUAGAAACCGUCGCAACCGGACUGACUUCCUUCUGCACACGGCACGCUAGGGAGUACCCGGCAUGCACUUCCAGUGCUGGGAGAAGGUUGAUAUUUACGGAGGCCGACGUCCACAUCCCAUCGCGGUUCCCCCAGGCGGCAGGAGAUCGGCUGCUGCUCGGUCUGUACGUCACCUACCCGGGCAGCAUGCAGGUCUUCCCCAGCCGCGUCCUCCUCACAGUUCUACAGCAUAUCAGGAUGGACAUGGAGGCAGUCCUUGGAUACAACCAGGUGCUGACCUUGUCUUUGCUGAACUCUUACGCCAUGAACGAUGACUACACCCAGUCCCCAUCCGGACACGGCAGCUCGGCACGUCCGACAAGUGGCGAGCAGUCAGAAGAACUGUUCCACCCGGGGAUGGGAGUAGGGAUAGGCCUGGGUGCCGUCUGUAUCAUCGGCGUGUUGGUCCUGAUAACGCUCCUGUACAGGUACAAAAGGAUCCAAUCGAAGGUUUCAGACUUGCCCAGGGGACAACAAGUUCCAGAGCCAUUCGCGGGAGACAUCCCGGUGACUGACAGCCCUACGAGCUGGUAGACAAGACAUGGACCGUGCACAGUCAUCUCUAGACAACUGGAUAAUUGUAUUUUCUUUUUGCCUUUUUUGCCUAUAAAGGUCUUUUGUAAGAUGCCAUAUUUCUCCAAAUAUGAUUUGUCGGGUACUGUGAUCUAGUUGAAUGUCAAAAGAGACAUGCACGCCUUGGGUAGCCGGGAAUCCAUCAUCCGUGAACGCUUUGUCUC